AUGAUCCCUCUCACCAAGCCCCAGCGCAAUCCCAAAGAUGGUGCUGAGAUGAUGCAAAGUGAUCCUAUCCAUGAAUUGUCGUUGACGCCUCUCCUUCUCGAGCAUUUUCGCAGUAUAUUUAACACGCUACGAAAGAAAGAUUUCUAUCUUUCAAAGUCCCGCUUUCAAGCUUGGCUAUCUACGGUGCAGGAGACACCGAGUAUUAUCCUAGAUCAAGAGGAAUAUAGUUUUGACGACUGGUUACAAACUACAUACCAAACUGGCGCUCUUGAGGCCCUUGAGAACCCAAAACCUAAAGAUCUCUCGAGACCGCUCAGCAAUUAUUAUAUCAGCAGUAGUCACAAUACUUACUUGAGUGGGAAUCAGUUGUUGUCGAAGAGCCAAACAUCGGCAUACAAAAAAGUCCUACGACGGGGCUGUCGGUGCAUUGAAAUUGAUGUUCACAAUGGAGAGUCUAGUAAUAGAUCUUCUCGAACUUACUCUCAAAAUUCAUCUUUUUCGCCGGAUAUCAUACAGAGCAGUGAUACCGGCUCCAUCACCUCCACCAAGGCUUCAUCAAUAACUGAAGACUGGCAUUCUAAUUCUGAAAGAAGAAAAUAUAGGCUAGGCCUAGGAAGACUCUUCCACCCCAGUGAUAUACAGUCAAGAAAUGAUGUAUCAAGCUCCGCUGAAUCUUCGCCCAGUCAUUCUCGAUCCUCCUCCCUUCGAAAUAAAAUAAUUCCUGGAGAGCCCAUUGUCAAGCAUGGCUGGACCCUCACGGCGCCGGUUGGGUUUAGAGCUGUCUGCGAAACGAUUGGCCAUGAGGCCUUCAAAACAAGUGAAUUGCCAGUUAUUGUAAGCCUAGAAGUGCAUGCCGACCAUGAGCAACAAGAAAUUAUGGUGGACAUAAUGAGAGAGGUAUGGGGUACUAUGCUAGUUGAGGCGCCGAGUGGUGACAACAAUCCUCAUGAAAGAAUUCCAAGGCUUGAAGAGUUCAAGAAAAGGAUAUUAGUCAAGGUCAAAAGAGGUCGUCCGGACAAGCAGGAAUUAUUGGUUGUAUCUAGAGAUGGUAGUAGUCCCCCAGCUUACGCCUCGACAAAAAACCUGACCGACGGAGUUUCGACUCCAGAAACCGAAAAUCUCACAUCAAGCAGCAAAAAAAAACCCAAGGUCUGUGAGAAUCUUGGCAAAUUGGGAAUCUACACCCAAAGCGAACACUUCACGAGCUUCAAAGAUCCAUCGGCUACGACACCAUCGCAUAUUUUUUCCAUCAGCGAGUCGGAUAUCCUCAAUUUGUCCAAGAGUCAAAGACUAGAAAUGUUCACCCACAAUCGCAAUUACAUAAUACGCACUUACCCGAGUCCCAAAAGAAUUGACUCUUCUAAUCCUAAUCCCACUACUUUUUGGCGUCAAGGUAUUCAGAUCGUAGCGAUGAACUGGCAAAAGCUUGACGAAAGCAUAAUGCUAAAUGAGGGUAUGUUUUCUGGUGAGCAGGGCUGGGUGCUGAAGCCACCGGGAUUUCGCAGUGAAAGCAAGGGAAUUAUUCCUUACAAAAGUAUCGAGCUGAAUAUUACCUUGCUGGCAGGCCAGAACAUCCCCGUACCCCCUGAUACGACUGUGGAAGAAUUCCAUCCUUACAUUCAUUGCGAAUUGCAUGCGGAAAAGGAAGUCUCAACUACCAGCGACGGGCAUACUAGCUCCACUUUUAAACUAAAAUCAUCAUAUCAGCAAGGAGACCUUUUAAAUUUUGGUAAAGGGUAUUCGAUGAAAUUUAAUAGUGGCGGGAGACUAAUUGAAGAGAUCAGCUUUCUAAGGUUCAAGGUGGAAGAUUCACGCUAUAUGCAAGAUAAUCUGGCAGGCUGGGCGUGUAUUCGUUUAGACCGCUUGCAGUCAGGAUACCGCUUUGUACGUCUACUUGACGCCAAAGCACGUUCCACGAGGGGUUUGCUAUUUGUCAAGAUUGAAAAAUGGUACAGCAAAUAG